AUCUCGCUCAGUCCUAACUCACCAGACACAACGUAUGGGUGUAUAGGAUUCUCGAGACCCAAACUAUGCACACCGCAUAGAUCAUACUUUAUGUACCUGGGCUCCGGGUGCUACCUUACAGACAGAAUAAUGACAGGCAGAAGGAAGAGAGAAAACAGAUGAAGAAAAACAUGUGGAAAUGCGGGUAGAAAGACAUCCCCUGGGCGAGACUUCAGAGACAAAUUCCGAAAACCAAUGACGCAGUUCCGGCGUCCGAGCCCACACCUGAAUCCGUCAAGCUGGUCGCUCGUCACACAUGCAUGGUCUCACUUGGGAUGCUGGAUAGCGACAUCGGGGCUGUCCGGUCUUUCGCGCUCUCUCUUCGGUAAUAAACACUGUUUCGCCUCCGUAACCCACUCCGUGACACCAGACAGACCAUUAAACUGCACCAGCAAGAUGAACCGACAUGGCAAAUACACCGAAAGUAAAAACGUCGUUGCAAAGACCGCUAUAAGGACGCGCGAACGCAACGUGCAUCUCGUCAUCCACAAGAUGAUCGACUCGGCUGCAAGACAAGCUGAGACUGCACAUCCGGCUGCACAGUAUACGACAGACGAAAUGACAAGGAUUGGAAUCCCGACAAACGACAAUAUCGGUAGAAUGGGAAGAGUGAAAAGAAUGGUAACGAAUGUCAUCGCUAUAAGUUUCACUUCGAACUCUCUAAUCCGAGUGACUAAGGCGGAAAUAACCAUGUCUGUAUAUCGUUGCACUAGCUCUGUGCAUUUUUCAAAGUGAGCGGUCAGCAUCGCGUUAACGUCUCUGGGUUCCCCCAAUUUACGAUUAGCCAUGUUGUGCUGGUAGUGGUGUCCUUGGUGCAAUGGUGAGCAUUGCCUCCGGCACUAGGCCAUGAUGCAUGCACAAAGCACGAGACUCGGCAGUAUCUCGAAGAUUUCGAG